GGGCAUCCUGUGGACAUUUGCUCAUGUCUAAAUGACUUAAUGAAAAUUCUACAUGUACAUAAUAUAAUAAUUUUCAGAAUGUGUCUUCGAGUCACAGCAAGUAGUCACUCUAUGUAUUUCCGGGUGUGGUUACGAAUAACUUCCUGUGUCGUGCAAUUGUCUCAAACAAUUUGGCGGUUUAUAGGAAGUGGUUGACGAAACAAAGUCUUUAGCUAACUUAGCUGCUGUAAUAAAGUGAGUUUUACUUCACGGACUUGGUUAAGUAAACAAUUAAUGUCGUUCAGUGGUGAAAUAUCUCGCUGUUUCCUUCUUUUGUCCGUUGCUUUCAGUGAGGCGGGUCAGUAUGGAGUGUAGGGCGUCGAGCACCGCGGCUAGCUAACUGUUUCAGGGUGUUAGCGAGCUGCGCUAGCUGACUGACUGCGCUCAGCUGAGCUCUGCUUCUUUCCUACGACUAGCGGGCAGCUGUUUAACUGCCCAGUGGAUUUAUGCGUUAAGAAUGAUGUGUAAUGUUCAGGAUGCUGGUGGGAGAUAUUUAUGGUGGUAUCUUCAGAGUAUGGAGUUCCAUCUCGACGUGGCUGCCAGCACGAAAGGAAAAACAAACAUCAAGCAUCUCAAUCUGGGGAUGAACAUGUUUGAUAAACCAAACAAGGAGGCCUCCUACCUUGUCGUCCAUUUCUUGUUUAAGAAGUUGAACCCUACACGCGUGCAGGAUGUCUUUAGACAUUGCUGGCCAGUUUUGGAUCACAAGUCAGAUGCUGAAUUUCGUAAGGUGACAUUUGGAUGGCUCCAGGAAAUAGCGAACGAGAAAGGGAGCAAUUUUCCCAAGGUUGUCGCGUCACAUUUACACUCUUCCUCUGGACCAAGAUUCGUCAAUCUUAUGCUUCACUUAGCUAAAUACGUCAUGCUAAAAAUGAUGAAGAAUUUUAGCACAGAUGGCACAUGGGUUCCAGAGGCUGCAGCUGUUCCUGCAAGUUCUCAAGAGUUGGAAUUGAAGCGCUUUCAGAUGGUGAAGAGACGCUUCCAGAGAGUGUCUGUGGAGCAAGACGCUCUCAUUCAGGACUAUCAGAAGAGAGCUAGACAUUUGGAGAAGUCUUUGAAGGACCAUAAGGCAGAAGAUGUCAAAUAUGAUGAUUUGCUCAAGAAAUAUGAGAACACCACCAACUUGGAAAAAGACCUUCUGGAAAAGAUUCACAAGGUUCGAAGCUUGUGGGCUGAGAUCGAUAAAGCUUUGUCCAGGCUAGAAGGAGAGCGGAGUAUGUUGGCUAGUGUGAUCGAAGGCAAGGGUGAUCAGUAUGUGCUGGAUGGAAAGGACAUUAGUGUGAAGAUUCCUGCAGUUCUGCUGGAGAGAAUGGAGAGGUUAUCACAUCAGACCAGUGCUGGCAGUUUGUAUGAGGAAGGCCAGCCAGUCAUCCUGCGGUUGCUUGAGCUUCUGAAUGUGGGAUUAAGACUCCUGAGCGAGGAGCGAGCCAAGCUUUCGGGUCCAUCGUCACAGCUCAGCCACCAACCUCUCCAGGAACAAGCUUUGCUCAUGAAUCGUUCAAAGGAGACACUGAAAAGCAUGAGGCGCAAGUUGACCAAGGAGGAUAUUCCACAGAUUAAGAGCAACAUAAAGAAGCUGGAGUUAGACUGGGAGAAGAAGUGGGCUGAAUGUUUGAGCCACACUCCCUUGACCUCUUUCCUUAAAGAUGAUCCUGUUUUGGACUUCCUUUCUCCAAUGCCUCCACUAUCCUUUGAAGCAGCUUCUGAAGUUAGCUUCAAGGCUAGUAUCUUCUCACAGUAUCCAGCUAAACUUUCUGAACUACCAGAACAGACCCUUAAAGAACAACCUUGUCUCACUGAGCAGGAAGUUAAAAUGGAUGGUGAUUUCUUAAGCAGCUCUCUUCCAGUAGAGGACAAAACGGAAGACAUACUUUUUUCCAGUUGCUUUGCUUCACCAAGGCCUGUCUCUCCAUGUGUUGUGCACCCCUUAACUCCUACUAGUGUUAAGGUGCCAUCAGUUGCUCCUACACCCAGCCCUGUUCAGGCUAGUAAGAGGAGACCCUUGCUUUCACAAAUGAAGACAUCUGCUGUGAAACCAAAGGCUCAGAUUCUGGAGUUGGAAUAUGAGAAUCUAGCGAGUCAGUUUGCUGAAGCUGUGACCAUGAGUCCAGUGGAUGGAAGAAAAAGCGGUAUGGAGCUGGAGCAGUUGCUCAAUACAUUAGCAGACCCCUUCACAACAAAGAAGCAGCUCCCUCGCACACCAGAAAGCUUGAUUAUGGAUGUCAGAACAUCAUGGAGAAAAGCAGUGGAAGAAGGGAAGGCUGAGAAAAAGCAGGAGAAAUGUCAUGAUAGCCUCUCUUGGGUCAGAACACCGAUUUCUGAGGGUAAAGAAAGAAGCCCCAGCCCAGAAAACUUUUCCUUGAGAGAUUCUGCAAUACUGAAUGCUGACCCUCUCCCAUGUAGUCCCCUUCCAUCCCAGCAGGGGACCUCUCUGCACUCUACUGUUGCCUGGGACACCUCCCACCUGGAGGCUCUAAGCCAGAGCUCCAGCAACAUCAUCCACUUCAGCAUUGCUCAUGAGACCUUUCCAGAUGCAGAGAAUGAUGUUUCUUUCAACUGCAGUGAUGGCUCGGAGGAGGUCCAGGAGGUGGAAGAACUUCUCCUCCCCCCAGUUACGUCAUGUUCUCCUGAAGUAGAGACUACACACCAAAUGGUUCGAAGACAUCUGGACGAGUCCCCUUUCGCAGCGAGGUUCAAGGAGACAAAGUCUGACUUCAUGCCAGCAGCACUAAGGACAAGUCCAGGGUUGGGUAGUUGUAGUGGGGAGAAAGUAUUUUCUCUGGACUUGGACCAGUUGGAGAGUUUCUCAUCUCCUCUACGAGAGGAGCUCACCCUGCCCAAUCUUGUAACAUUCUCACCUAUGGAUGAACUCUAAUCAGUGUUUAGUGUCUUAAUUCAUAGUACAAAUAGUUCAGGGAACAAAUGCAGUUUUUCACCUUUCUGUGCUAUGGUGCCACUAUCAACAGACUGGUUGAAGGAACUCUGGGAAUUGAAAUCUGGAGAAACUCUAACCUUGAAGGUUUUCUCUUUUUAAAGUAGCCCUGUUCAGUCCUAAUGUUCAUUUUAACACCUGGUUUGUCUUAAAGUUCAUCAGAUUAUUUGUACUAAUAUUUUUUUAAAUGUUCAUUGUUAUGAAUGAAGUGAGCAAUUCUAAUACAAGAUUGGACAGGUCUAAGAUCAUUCAACAGGGACUGGGCUAAUAAAUGUAAUGAGCAUGAUUUAAGCAGUUUCUCAAUUGUAAUAAAGUAACUUUGUGCACUGUU